AUGCAUGUCUUGGCACUUGGCAGACUGAACGAAGAGGACAAAAAGAGGACUUAUAAUAUUCAUACAGUUGUGUCCUCUUCACAUCCUUCUCCUUCACGAGGCAUUCAUUUCGCCUCGUUCCCCAUUCUCCUCUUCGUCAGUUGCUCCUGGAGGCGACGGCGACUUCUGGAGAGCUACAAGAAGAGAGAGACGCAUUGGAGUGGCGGCGAUUGCUUGGGAGCGAGAAGGGGAGGGGGAGGAGAGGAGCAGCCAAGAUGGUGUGCCCAGACUGUCAUUCGCAUUGCGAGAAUGACAACAAGCAGAUAUUUUUUUGAAUUGUCAUUCGUGAGGGCUCCAAAGCCGCCCUCACCAACAGUGAAUAUCCCAUGCACAGCCAGUUGAUAUGCUGUCGUUGUGAAUCUAUCAUUGACACACAAUUGGGUUUUUUUCCGCUACAAGGCGUUGUCUUAGUUGCAAGUCCACCAUCAACACACAACUAUAGGCUUCCUACAUAACGACGCUCCCAGUUUGCAGGUCCAUCAUUGACAUGGAAUUGUGGGUUUUCUUUCUAGUUGUUUUUACUCUAGUUGCAAAUCUAUCAUUGACACACACUAGGAUCUUUUUUGUAGUUAUUUUUGCAAGUUGACCCUUGACUCGCAAGAUUUUUUGUGUAGUCAUAGUCGCCCCAGUUGCAAGUAGACCAUCAACUUGCAACUAAGCUUUGUAGUUUUUUCUCAUGCCACUUGCAAGUCGACCUUUGACUCGCAACUGGUUUUUUUGUGUAAUCAUAGCCGCCCUAGUUGCAAGUCCAUCAUCGACUCGCAACUCGGACUUGUAUUUCUUUUUUCAUGCCACUUGCAAGACGAACCUCGACUCGCAAUUAGGAUUUUUUGUGUAGUUGUAGUCACGCCACUUGCAAGUCCACCAACAACUUGCAACUCGGCUCGUAGUUUUUUCCACGUCACUUGCAAGUCGACCCUCGACUUGCAACUGGGUUUUCAUGUAGUUGUAAUCGCCGCAGUUGCGAGUGCAUCAUCAACUCGCAACUCGAACCCGUGGUUCUUUGUCUCAUGCCACAUGCAAGUCGAUCCUCGACUCGCAACUAGUUUUUUUUGUAGCCGUAGUCAGUUGCAAGUCGGUCAUCAACUCGCAACUAGGCUUGUACUUUAUUGUUUCAUGCCACUUGCACGUCGACCCUCGAUGCGCAAUUGAGGUUUUGUGUAGUUGUAAUCGCCUUAGUUCCAAGUGCACCAUCGAGUCUCAACUCGGCCUGUACUUUUUCUGUUUCAUUCCACUUGCAAGUUGACCCUCGACUCGCAAUUCAGAUAUUUUGUGUAGUUGUAGUCACGCCAAUUACAUGUCCACCAUCGACUCGCAACUCGGCUCACGUCACUUGCAAGUCGACCCUCGACUUACAACUGGGGUUUAAUGUAGUUGUAAUCGCCCCAGUUGCAAGUCCACCAUCGACUCGCAACUCGGACCCGUAGUUCUCGUUUCAUGCCACUUGCAAGAUGCCCAUUGACUCGCAACUUGGGUUUUUUGUGUAGUUGUAGUCACGCCAGUUGCAAGUCCACCAUUCACUCGCAACUCGGCUCGUACUAUUUUGUUUUAUAUCACUUGCAAGUCGACCCUGGACUUGCAACUGGGGUUUCCAUGUAGUUCUAAUCGCCCCAGUUGCAAGUCCACCAUCGACUCGCAACUCGUGCUGUACUUUUUGUUUCAUGUCACUUGCAAGUUGACCUUCGACUCGCAACCAGGGUUUAUUUGUGUAGUUGUAGUCCCCGCAGUUGCAAGUCCACUAUCAACUCGCA